UUUUCAAUGGGCCGCAAAUCUCUCGACCCGUUAGAUCCAAGGCCUUACUACGUCAAACGUCGUGACCUCACUAGCGGAAGAGUCCAUUAUCAUUGCGCAGUCGAAGGUUGCAAUCGAAAAUGGACAUGCGAUAACGUCACCAGACUUCGACACCACUUGAGAUGUGAUCAUGAAGCAUUCGAGCUCCGUAAUGUUCUCAAUAAACGCCGAGCGAAGUCUCCUGCCUCUGGGAGAAGUUGCGGGACUACUGUAACCCCGAUCGUAUACGACAAAGUCAAGCCUACUGUUCAAGAGCCUACAGCUCCUGAAGACUUGCAGGGUGUAGAUCAGCCGUUGUUGGAGAGUUUUCUCGUUCCGUCGCCAAGUUCUAAACUUCUCGGGUCAUUCCAUCUCCACCUGGUGAAAAGCCUCCUUGCUGCAUGCUUGCCGAAUCACGCCAGGGAGUGGCUCUAUUCUGUUUCGCUCAAGGAUGCGUUCAAGAUGCUCAGAAGAGGGUAUAUUCCACUGGCGAAGGAUGAGUUCAUGGUUCUGAAAGAGGCGGCAUUCCGAGAGUGCCUUGAAUCCCACAUAACGGAACUCGUAUCCGCUGCGAAACGAACGGGACAGAUGGCAUUGAUCUUGGAUAGUUCGUAUGUCACUAGUGGAGAGACCCUCUAUUCCGUGUAUGGCAGCUUCAAAGAUGAGAGACAUUUCAAAGUCCUUCCCUUCGGGUUCUAUGUGCUAGCAGAUUGUUCCGAGGAUGCAGCAAAGGAAAAACUUGGGAACUGGAUCAAGGGAGAGAUCUGGCCUGAGCUGAGUUCAAAUUGUGUUCGACUAGAAGCGGUCAUUCACUCUGGCGGUCCUAUCUUGGAGGCUGCAGCCCUUAUUGCCCGAGGAUAUGAAGAAGUUGCACUCCGAGAUCUCGACGAUAAUGAGCUCGCCGAUCGGGAGAAAAGAAACUGA